CAUCCCCCUCGUCUUCUUGUUUACAUUCAUCAACCGCAUCCGGUCUCAUCCGGUCCUAGUUUACCGCCCUUCAACUCUGGUUGCUUCCACGCACUCGUGCCAUGUCCACCUUUUCAGGCUCCCUCAUCGGGAAGCGCAAGGCCGAUCUCGUCGAGAUCGCCGAAGCCCUAGGCGUUGACGACGCGUCCUCCAAGAACAUGGCAACUCUUCGCGAGGAUAUCCAAGGCCGCCUCGACUCGGAGGCUGACAAGUACCGCACCGACCCCAAGUUCGAGGGACUGUACCGCCGCACCCGCCGCAGCCAGGCCGAUGCCAGCGAUGACAGCGACAGCCCCGCCCGCGAGAAGACGCCUCGCGCCCGUCGCUCCCUGGCCAAGGCCACGGAUCGGCUCACAGAGGCUGCCAACGUACCGCUCCCGGAUUCGCCUGCCUCCGUCAAGCUCCUUCGCGCCGCGGCCCAGGAUGCUGCCGAGGCGGCUCUUGAGGUCUCGGACGAUGUCCUUGCUCUCGUUGAGACGGACACGCGCACCGUCAUCCGCCGCCUCCGCGACACGGCUGACAAGGUCGGCCGCGUCCUUGGCCCCGCUCUCCACAGCACCGAAGGCCACUGGCGCAACGCGCGCGACAUCCUCUCCGAGCCCGGCAAUCUUCUGAUCGCGGCCAUCGCGCUCGAGGGUGCCGUCAUGUACUACCGCAUCGCGCCGUUCCACCAUGUUACGCUGAGUUUCCCGCCGAGAUACUCGCGCCCCGGCUCGUUCAGUGCCUUCUUCGAGAACGCGUUCUCGUGGUCGCCGACUCUAGCGUGGACCUUUGCCCUCCCACGCUUUUCGCACCUCUGGCCCAGCUCGGACAUCUGGCCCGCCUUCACUUGGUGGAUCGGUGCGACGAUUAUCCCCCCGCUCGCGCUCAGCACGCUCGUAUCCUUCGUUCCACAGAAGGGUAUCAACCACCGCCGCGGCGCCACUACGCGGUACCAGAGCGCACACCCGCCGACGCCGACCGUCGACGCACUCACUUUCGCCAUCUUCCGCCUGGCGAUCUACCUCGCUGCGCUCUGCGACGCUACCCCCUUCAACCUUACGCACGCGCUCAGCCUCAGCGGCGACGCAACACUGCGCGCCCUUGGCGCCGGCCUCCUGGUCGCUCUUGUGCUCGCGCAGCGCCUCAGUGCCUAAUCGUACACGCGAAAUCUUAAUACCCCGUCCUAAAUCUUCGUUUCUCGUGUGUCUAUUCGUUUUGGAUAUGCAAACAAAGCCGUUUUGUUCG